CGUCGCACUGGCAGGCACCGAGAUGGAUGCUCGGUGGGCUCGGCAGGAGCUCCGGCGCCGUUACCUGUUUCCUUCCGAAGCGGGGCUGGACUCAGAGGACAACGCCAGACCGUCAGAAACCUCCAAAGCUGUUGGGAAAAAGGAGAAACCUCUUCCAAGACUUAACAUUCAUUCUGGAUUCUGGAUUUUGGCAUCCAUCGUUGUGACCUAUUAUGUUGACUUCUUUAAAACCUUAAAAGAAAAUUUUCACACUAAUAGCUGGUUUCUCUUUGGCGGAACCCUGUUGUUUGUCAGCCUGUCAGUCGCAUUUUACUGCAUAGUCUAUCUGGAAUGGUAUCGCGGGAUUGAAGAAUAUGAUGUCAAGUACCCGACGCUGGUGCCCAUCACAACUGCAACUUUCAUUGCAGCAGGAAUUUGCUUCAACCUGGCUCUGUGGAAUGUGUGGUCUUUCUUCACUCCUGUGCUGCUGUUCACUCAGUUUAUGGGGCUCGUGAUGUUCAUCUCGCUUCUCGGAUAAGCUCAAGAGACGGCACCACCUUCCACAGAACUCACAGCGUGCACAUCUUACUGCGGAUAAGUUCACGUGCGGCUAUUUUAUGUGGUAUGGAUGACUGCUGGAUUGAUUGGAGUAACGUCGAUCUUACACCAUUUGGGACAAAUUCUGCCAUUUUCUGUAGCUAUUGGAUAGAUGGGUGCACUAGCCCUUUUUAAAAACAAUUCCUUUCAGAGGCUGGAGAGGUGGUUCACUGAUUAAGAUCAGUGGUUGCUCUUCCAGAGGACCUGGGUUCAAUUCCUAGCAUUCACACUGGACUCACAACCAUCUCUAAGUCUAGUUCCAGGAGAUCUAACACCUUGGCCUCCACAGACAACAGACACACAUGUUGUGCAUAUACAUACUCACAGGCAAAACAUUCAUGUACAUAAAGUAAAAAUAAAUCUUUUAAAAAUUGUGUUCUCUUUAUAUUAUUUAGAGAAUUUAUGUGUCCCUGUGAGCGCCCCACCCCUGCCCUAGUUGGGAGUAUUGAUAAAUAUGUGUUGAAUAAGUGUACAGUACUGAGAAUGGUCAUGCUGUGAUCAGUACAUGCUGUGUGCAGUACUGAGAAUGGUCAUACUGUGAUCAGGGUGAAAAAGACAGUCCCCCCUUUCUUUCCACUCACAUCUGAAUUUGGAGAAAAUCAGCUCAACAGGAUGGUUUGCAGACAGAGAAAUGGGGCUCAGGAAAUGGGGGUCAUCAGCUGAGUGAUGGUGGUACUGAGGACCGGGUCUCCCAGCUGAUGAGGGGGUAUACUCUGCAGCCCUCAUGGGGGAGUGUGAAUCAGAAGAAAGAGGUGCACUUGAUCCUGCUGUUGCUAGUUGGACAGGAGUUGCUCGCCACCAUCAUGUUGACACAGACAUUGUCUUCCAGCAUUGCACUGUCUAGAGACCGCUGAGAUUCAUGGGCCCCUUCUCUCUGUAAGCAUGUCUCUUUAAGAAGUUCAGGCUCCAUAUAUCAUCUUAUUCCCACAAGCUUUGGCUAACCUCGGCUCUCCUCCCGCCCCAGCAGAAACAAACAAAACCAGUAAACCACACAACACAGUGGCUGAGAUCUUGGGCUCUGGAUGUUUGGUUACAUUUCCAGAUGUUUGGGUACUUCUGAUUUCCAUGUUUCUGGGUGUAUGGUUGGUGGUGAGAACUGUGUGGUGCUGGCAGGCAUGAACAUUAUUGCCCUUUUUUAACUUUUUUAAAUAUUUGUGUAUGAGUGUUUGCUUGUAUGUGUGUAUGUACAUCACGUGUGUGUCUGGAACCCACAGAGGCCACAAGAAGGCUUAGGAUCCCUUGGGGUUGGAGCUUUCAUGUGGGCGCUGGUAAUUGAAUUCCAGUCCUCUGCAGGAGCAGCCAAUGCUUUUAACACGACACCAUCGCUCCAGUCACAUGUGCUUUGUUUUUAAAUGGAAAUUCAUGAGCUUAAGAUGUUUCACGUGAUACAUAAAUCCUGUUUUC